GAACUAUUGACUUGGGAUAAAUCAACAGUAGCUGAAUUUAUUUCCAAAAACUAUGUCUGGCUAUUUGCGGCUGAUCAGAACAAAAUCCCUGUUAUAGUUAGGAUUCUCAUCAGUAAUCGAAACAAGCUUUUAAAAUCGAGAAAGUUCACACCUAAGAACAAGAUAACGUUGUACUGUGAAGCUCACUAUCUUGAUAUGACCCAUUAUUAUGAUGUCAAUAAUUUAUUGCACAUGGCAAAAUAUUUUCUUUAUGGACACAUUCUGCAUAACCGAAAAAAAUGCAUUAUGACCCUCCAAAGUUGUGAAACACAAAUCCAUAGAGCCUAA